AGGUAGCCUCCGUAUAUUGUAUUGUACCCUUGGGUACCUCUAUAUAAUGAGGGGCAAAUUGAGAAAAUGCCAUAUCUUUCCUGGACUUUGCUCCUAUAGCACACUUUUUUUUAUUAGAUUAUAUAGCACACCUUUGACUUAUAGCUAGACAAAAUAACACAAAUUGAUUUUUUCCUUCUUUUCCAUGUCCAGACCCACAUCUUAUUUUUAUUUGGACGAAUUUGCCCCCACGUCAUUUCCUGGUCAUAGGAAACGAUCAAGGCGUACGAGAUGCAGAACGAAGCACCACGCCGCCGCCUCGUCGUUCCUCCUCCCAGCGCCGCCGCCUAGCUGUGCCUCCUCCCCAGCGACCUACUGCCUCGGCGUGCCUCCUUCCUGAACCGACUCCUCGUCGUUCGUCCUCGCGGGCGCGCGGCCACCUCGACGUGCUUCAUCCCGCCAUCGCCUCCUCGUGCUUCUUCUCCUUCCCUGACGGAUCACACAUAUGUUCUGCCGCCGCCCCGUACAGGCCAUGGAGAUUAUGGUGGAGGAGGAGAAUUAGUGGGCAGUCUUCACAAGUACGAGUAGAACGUGUUGUUCGCGGAGAUGGAGCCAGAGGGUGCAGCUUCGGAACGGUUGGAGCCAGAGGGCGUAGCUCCGGAAGGGGAAGAAGGUACGGAGUUGCGCGUUGUCAAUUAUAAAGUAAUUGUUAGAAUUCUUCGAUUUGUAGCAAAGCUUGACGAUGGCAGCGAGCAUCAAGUGGCCCAACAUGAUGUGGAGUUUGAGGUUAACAUGAAAUGUUUUACGGUUGAAAAAAUGACAGAAUUAAUUGGGUCCAAAAUUGUUUGGGGGAGUGGGCAGGAGGUUCAUAUUUUGUGCAAGGACAAGCAUUUUGAAUCAGUUGAGAGGAUUGAUAACUACUGGAAGUUGUUGACAUCAUUUCUCGAAAGAUGGGAAGAGAAAGAAUUGCUUGUGCUAGCUCAAGUUGUGGACAUUGCAAAGGGGUUUACGGCAUCAUCUUGCUCAGAAAAUAUCCCAUCUAGUGAGAUAGUAGACAACAUCAUUUGCUCAAGUUCUGAUGUUUACCAGUCAAAUGCUAGUAGUGCAUCGUGUGUUGAUGAUUCUAAUGCGCUCCGUAAUAGUGAGAGAUAUGUGCAAUCUGAUGGUGAAGUUGUCAUUGAUUGGUCCACUCUUGAUAUAACUCCUAUUGGUGAUGAUAUAAUAGCUCCUAUGUCCCAGGAAAACAUGUGUGAGGUACUUGGAAUUGAGGAUGAGGUUGAGGAUGCUCAACCAGUAAAUGAUCCAACUCCGGCUGUUGUGUGCCAUGUUAAUGAGGAGUUAAUGGCUGAGGGAGCUAUACCAGUCGAUGAUCAAGUUCCUGAAGACAUAGAAAUGUCAUAUGACAAAGAUCAUCCAAAAGUUGAGAAAGGUUCAAUCUUUCCAACAAUGAUCGAUUGUAGGAGAGCUGUGAGGCAAUGGGCAAUUAAUGAAGAAUUCAACUUUGGGACUCACAGAGCUGACAAGAGUAGGUGGAUGGCACAUUGUAUGGCUGAGGAUUGUCCAUGGAAAAUAACAUGUCGUAUUAUGGCUGAUAAGACUAAGACCAGGGUUAACCAGAUAGGACCGGCACACACAUGUGUUUCAAGUAGCAGGCUAAAUUCAGCAAUGGCCUCGCAAGAUUGGGUUCAAGAAAGGUCUAAGAAAAUUUUGAGGAAAGCUCCAAACAUUGGUUGCAAGGAUUUACAAGAAAAGUUGGAGGAAGACUGGAAUGUAACCACUGGCUAUCACACUGUAUGGAAGGGGAGAGGGAGAGAGCAAAGGACGAGAUAUAUGGUUCUUGGGGUAGUAGCUUUCGUUACCUAUUCAAUUUCAAAGCAGAGAUGGAACUUAGAUCCCCUGGAAGCAUUGUUGAGGUCGAUACUAAAAUAACAAAAGGUAAAGUUUACUUUCACAGAUUCUUUAUGGCACUUAAGCCUUGUGUAGAUGGAUUCCAUGCUGGAUGUAGGCCUUAUCUUAGCAUUGACUCAACUGCAUUGAAUGGAAAGUGGAAUGGUCAUUUAGCUGCAUGCACAGCUUUAGAUGGACAUAAUUGGAUGUUUCCUCUUGCAUUUGGUUUUAUUGAGGUUGAAGAUGAAGAUAAUUGGACAUGGUUCAUGACACAGUUGCAUAGAGCAUUAGGGCCAAUUUCAAAGCUUGCUAUAUGUACUGAUGCCUGUAAAGGCCUAGAAAAUGCAGUUAAGAAAGUUUUCCCUCAAGCAGAACAGAGGGAGUGUUUUAGGCAUUUAAUGCAGAAUUUUUCGAAAAGAUACAAUGGUGACAUAAUUGGACGCAUGUGGGCUGCAGGCAAGACAUAUAGACCUUCAAUGUUUGAGUACCACUUCUCGAAGGUUCUAGAAUCUAGCCAACCUGUGGGCAAGUACUUGCAAGAUUACCAUAAUCUGAAGUGGAUGAGGUCUAGUUUUGACACCGAGAUCAAGUGUGAUUACAUUCAUAACAACCUUGCAGAGACCUUCAACAACUGGAUAAAAGGAACCAAAGAUCUCCCCGUAGAUGUGUUAGAUGACAUGCUUAAUGGAAAGAUAAUGAAACUGGUUGCAACAAGGAGAAAGAUUGGGGAGAAGCUACAAGGACGGAUGUUGCCAGCAGUUGUACAACAAGUGAAUAACAGAACAAGAGGGCUUGGGCACUUGAAAGUUACCAAAUCAAGUAAUUGGAAAGGUGAGGUCAGGGACAUCAACAAAGACAAUUUGAGGCAUGUGGUUAACAUAGAGAAAAGUGAGUGCACGUGCCUUGAGUGGCAGCACACAGGUAAACCAUGUGAACAUGCACUUGUUUUCUUGAUUGGGAAAAGGAACGUGAAGAUGGAAGAUUAUCUUCAUGAGUACUACUCUCUAGAAAGGUUUAGGGCAGCAUAUAUGGGGGUUGUAGAGCCGCUCACAGAUAGAUCGCAAUGGCCUAAUGUUAAGUUAGACUUUGUAUUGCAUGCACCACUCCCCAAAAGUUCCGUAGGAAGAAAAAGAAAGUUGAGAUUUAGAAGUUGCCUUGAAAAGGGAGGAGGACAUUAUAAAAAGAAACCGCCACCAAAAGGUCAAUUAGGAAGCCAAAACAGGUGCAAGAAGUGUAAUCAACUUGGACAUAGGCAAGCUGGUUGCCCAACUAAUGGAGUGAAGAAAAGGAAACCAAAACCUAGAAAGAUAAAACCAAACACCGAAGUUGAUGUUGAAUGUUCAAUCCCAGGAGAUGCUCUCCUACAAGUCAGCCCUCGUCCUGUUACGAGGAGUCAAUCAUCUCUUCGUAGCCCUCUUGGAGAGAUGUCUCCAGUGGCUGUCCCACAAGCUAGUCCUCGACCUACGACGAGGAGUCAAUCAUCUCCUCGUAGCCCUCUUGGAGGGAUGUCUCCAUUGGGUGUCCCACAAGCUAGCCCUCGACCUAUAACGAGGAGUCAAUCAUCUCUUCGUAGCCCUCUUGGAGGUACAUCUUCAUUAGCUGUCCUACAAGGCAGCCCUGGUCCAAUCACAAGGAGGCAACUUCCUAUGGAAACAUGGACUCCCGCUUCUCCAGCAACAGUAGUUGUGCAGGCCGCAAAAAAGCUCACGCCGAGGAAGAGAAAAAGAGUGUAGCAUGCCAUUCUGUGAUCAUGUUAUGUGUUUAGUGAUCUGGAUUAGGUUCAUGCCACUUCUUCAACAAAGUUGAUGUUUUUCGAUUGAAUUCUGUCUUUAAAUGUCUUGUGAUCUUCUCGUGUGUGUAGUAAGAUGGUUAUUCACUUUAUGCUUCUGGAUGCAACUUGUCACACAAGGACUCACCUUAUGCUUCAAAUAUAAAAUCAUAUUUAUUAA